AUGGCCACACGCGCUGUACAGCUGGGUGGCAGGGGCGCUGCCUUGAAGCCGGGCGGCUUGCUGCUGAACAAGAAGGACCUCCGUAGCGUGCAUGAGGUGACUUUGGCGAACUACUCCGUCGAGUACUUGUACCUCCGCGAAAACGAGUUGGCAGAGUUCGACACGGAAGUCACAAUGGAGAACCUCAAGGUGUUGGAUCUGUCCAUUAACGAGAUUUGUGGGACAGUGGAUUUCCUGGAAAGGACUCCGUUUCUGCGCCACCUCUACAUGACAGGGAAUAGGGUGGAGUCGCUCCAUGGCAUUGCCAACUUCACUCCGCUUGAAUCACUGUGCCUCAGCGAAAACGCCAUCAACAGCUUUGAAGGGCUAGAGCGGCUCCCAAACUUGCGGGUGCUUUCUCUUAAUUUUAAUAACAUCUCCUCCUUCGAGCAUUACCCCAAUCUUCCCUCGCUGCACACCCUCAAUCUCGUGGGGAACCCGGUGACAGAAAUUCCCUCUUACCGCAGUAUGGCUAUUGCCAUCAACAAUCCCAAUCUUGUCACCAUCGACGGUAAUUCCGUUUCAGGGGAGGAGCGGGCUGCACUGGAGCACUACCAAGGAAAGGUAGCUUACUGCAUCUGCGAAGGCUUUGUUGUUGAGGGCGACAAUGUGGAGGAGGCUGCUGAUGCUUUUCUUCUUAAGCUUCAGCGUGCGCGAGAAAAGUCAAGGCACUUGCAGCUAUGCUCUAUUCGUCUCACACCGGAGGAUGAAACCCGCAACGUCCUCACAGAGGGCAUUCCGGUACGGCUCGCCUGCUGCUUGCAAGACAUUCGUCCAUACGAGCAGAGGGAGACGGAUAUGUUCUUCUCGCGUGAGUUGAUUCCCGCCACCUUCCGGAUCUCUGGUGAGGCCACAGAGGUUUUUGUGGUUGGUUCCAUGAACAACUGGACAGACCCCAUUGAGCUAGAGCGUGGUGGAGACGAGGGUGAAACUUACUUCCACACCACUCUCUACCUACCCGUUGGGGAGUACGAAUACCGCUACAUUGUGGACGGCGUUGAGGUUGACCCCGAGGCGAAUGGGGUGAUUUCCAAGUACAAACAAGGCUACUGCUACCUCUACAAAGUCCCCGAAGUGGAACCCGUGGAGGAUGAAAAGGACACUGUUCUGCACAUUCGCUGGAUGAAGAGCACGCCGGGUAGCCGCUACGAGACCAUUGAAGACAACAACACACUGACGUACACGCCAACCGCCGCUGACGUGGGUUGCUGCCUGCGCGCCGAGGUGCUUGCGUACGUUAACGGCGUUUUCUCCUUCUUGUACUUCGACAUUUCCACCCCUAUUGUUGCUGGUCCGCCGACGUGCCCCCACCUUGAGAUCAAGGGCAAGGCUGUGGAGGGCCACGUGUUGGUGGCGGAGGCCGACUACGUUGGCGGCGUUGAGGGCAAUUCCCACCUCAGCUGGUUCCGCAUUACGCCGGACGGCCAGGAAAUUACCCUUGAGAUGAACGAUCCCUGGGCCGGUUACAAGCUGACGAGCGAGGACGUCGACUGCCGUGUCAAGGUGGAGUUUACGCCCGUGCGGGCUGACUGGGUGGCGGGCGAACCCAAAUCUGUUGUCACUGCACCCGUCAUGGCAGGCGCUCCUGAGUGCGAAUCCAUCAAGAUAAUCGGCAACCUUAUCGAGGGAAGCGAGCUGGGGGUGGAGGUUGUCUACUCUGGCGGCGUGGAGGGGGAGAGCUACUACCAGUGGCUCCGCAAGGACGACGCCUCGGAGGAGUACUCCCCGAUUGAGGGGGAGAACACCACGCGGUAUGUUCCGACGCUCGAAGACGUGGGUAGGUGCCUGGCGGUGGAGUACACCCCCGUCAACAAGCAGGGCGAGGAGGGUGAGACGUGUCGCUGCGUGCUGGAGACACCCAUUGAGCCGUCCGCGCCGGAAAUUCAAAACCUCAAAAUUAUGGGCGAGCUAACCGAGCAGCACGUGCUCACGGUCGAAUUUGACUACACAGGCGGGCACUUUGGACCCCACAUGAUUCAGUGGUUCCGCCGCGAUCGCGCCAAGCGUCUAACAAAGGUUGGACGCCCCAACGCCGCAACCCUCGCACUCACUAAGCGUGAAGUCGACUGCACGAUUGAGGUCUCGGUGACACCUGUGCGCCUUGAUGGUGUACAGGGGCGAACCGUGACUGCAAAGUCGGACGGCGUCGUUUCUGCUGGCAUUCCGCAAACCAACUUCCUGAACGUGGUAGGUGAGCCCUUGGUUGGGAACACCUUGGAGCUGGAGGUGGAAUACUUUGGCGGAGAGCCUGGCGAACCGAUCAUUGAGUGGGAGCGUGAGGUGCCAGGCACAGAGAACUUUGAACUGGUCGAGACGGGUGUGCGCAACUACACGGUUCAGAAGGAGGAUCAGGGAAGAUUGCUCCGUGUGACGUACACGCCGGUGCGCAUGGACGGCACCCCUGGAGAGGCGAAGAGCCGCAUCGUGCAGGUGCCACGUGACGGGGCAGGUGACAAGGACGAGGAAAAUGAACUGGAAGUUGACGUGCAUGAGGCCUCGGAGGAGCCUGCAUUGACGCGGCACGUGGACCCGAAUGCCCCGACGGCGCCGCAUGAGCUGGAGUCGGAAGAGGAAGCGAAGAUCGCCGCAGCAGGGAAGGAGGAGGCAAUGGAGCACGUGAAGGAGCACAAGGAGGUUCCCGAGGAGCACAAGGAGGUUCCCGAGGAGCACAAGGAAGUACCCGAGGAGCACAAGGAAGUACCCGAGGAGCAUAAGGAAGUACCCGAGGAGCAUAAGGAGGUACCCGAGGAGCACAAGGAAGUACCCGAGGAGCAUAAGGAAGUACCCGAGGAGCAUAAGGAGGUUCCCGAGGAGCACAAGGAAGUACCCGAGGAGCACAAGGAAGUACCCGAGGAGCACAAGGAGGUUCCCGAGGAGCACAAGGAAGUACCCGAGUAA